GACCCCGUUCCACCGGCCCGGCCCGGCCCCGCCAUGGAGAAUGAGCAGCUCCCGGCCCCGGCGCCCGCCAGCAGCACCGGCAGCGCGGCCCCGGCGCCCGCCAGCAGCGCGGCCGCGCGCCCCGCCGGGCCCCAGAUCUCCGUCUACAGCGGCAUCCCCGACCGCCAGACCGUGCAGGUGAUCCAGCAGGCGCUGCACCGGCAGCCCAACACGGCGGCGCAGUACCUGCAGCAGAUGUACGCGGCUCAGCAGCAGCACCUCAUGCUGCAGACGGCCGCGCUCCAGCAGCAGCACCUCACCAGCGCCCAGCUCCAGAGCCUGGCCGCCGUGCAGCAGGCGAGCCUGGCGGCGAACCGGCAAAGCGGCUCCUCGGGGGGCAACGGCACCCAGCCCGCCCCGGCGCAGCAGCCCACGAUCAACCUGGCGACGUCGCCGGCGGCGGCGCAGCUGCUGAACCGGGCGCAGAGCGUGGGGCCCGGCGCGUCGGGCAUCGCUCAGCAGGCCGUGCUGCUGGGCAACACUGCCUCGCCCGCCCUCACCGCCAGCCAGGCCCAGAUGUACCUGCGGGCACAGAUGCUCAUCUUCACACCCACGGGCCCCGUCAGCGCUGUCCGGCCCGAGAGCCCUGCGCCGGCCCCUCCGCCGGCCCCGCCACCCGCCCCACCACCCAGCACCCCUCAGGUGCACAGCCUGGCCCUGCGCCCCGCCGGCCCCCACCUCCCUGCCCUGGCCAUGAAGCCCCCCGGGGGUGCCCCUCCCCGGGCUGGCCCUCCCCGGGGGCCCCCGCCCGAGCCCCCCGCCGAGCACCUCAAAAAGGCCGAGGGGCACGAGGGCCGCGCCCAUGGCCUGGCCCGCAGCGCCGCCCCCGCUGCCACCCACCCGCUCGUCACCCCAGCCUACGCCCCGCUGCAGCCCCCCCAGUUCCUGCAGCAGCCGCCGAAGCCGAUGCAGCCGCAGCCGCCGCCGCAGCAGCAGCAGCAGCAGCAGUUCGUCAUCCAGCAGCAGCAGCAGCAGCUGGGCCCCCGUGGGCAGCCUCCCUCGGGCCCCCCCAGCACCCCCCAGCUCCAGCCCCUGCCCCCUGCCAGCCCCGGCCCGGGCCCCCAGCCCAAAACGGGGGUGCCCCAGGGGGCGGGGGGCGAGGGCGGCCCCCCCAACGGGCACCCCGGCUGCCACGCUGCCCCCCGCAAGUUCCAGCACGCCUCGGCUGUCAUCCUGCAGCUGCAGCCCGCCGGCCCCACGGUGAGGGGCCCCCACAUCUCCCCCCAAACCUUCAUCAUCAGGGGCCCCCACACAACCCCCAAAGCCUUCACAAGCCUCCCCCCAAACCCUCACAGUGAGGGGCCCCCAAACAUCCCCCCAAACCUGCAUCAGGAGGGACCCCCAAACAUCCCCCCAAACCUGCAUCAGGAGGGGUCCCCAAACAUCUCCCCCAAACCUGCAUCAGGAGGGGCCCCCACACAUCCCCAAGCCUCCCCCCAAACCCUCACAUCGUGCAGGCGCAUGUCCCCGUGCCACCCGCACCCACACCUGCCCCGAGCCCCGCACCCGUCCCUCGGGGUCCCCGAGGGCGCCCGCCGGGACCCGCUGCCCGUGCCGAGGAGCGCCGAGAGCCCGCCUGCCGCCCCGCCGCAGCCCCCCGCCCUCUCGCCGCCCGCCGCCCCCCCGGGCCCCGACACCCCCGAGGGCGAGCGGCCCCUCACGCACGGCGCGGCCGUGGCGCGCGGGCUGGGGGCGUGGCCACGUCUGGAGGCUCCGCCCUGCUGCGUCAGGGUGCAACCGAUGUGGGGGCGUGGCCACGCCCGUGCAGUCCCGCCCCCUAUGGAGCGAGGCCCCGCCCCCCAUGGCGGGGGCGCGGGAGGAGGCGCCUUGUUGGGGUGGGCGUGUCCGAGGCUCCGGGCGCGCGCGGCGGCAGCGCCCGCCAAUGGGCGCGCGGGGGCGUGGCCGCGGCAGGCGCCGCCCCCGCCGCCGCCUUUGUCCCCGCUCGGCCCUGGCCCCGCUCCCGGCGCCGCUCCCGCCGCAGCCCCGGCCCGGGCCCCCCGCCAUGGCCCCCCCGACCCGCUGAGCGCCCGACCUCACUUCCGCAUCCGCCCCCGGCCCCGGUCCGGCCCCGCGGCCCGGGCGAGGGAGGGGCGGGGGCAGCGGGAGCCGCCGCCGCCGCCGGACAAAGAGCCCCCCGAGCGCCUCCAUGCGCAGCCCCGCAUUCCCGGGAUGACCUCGGGCUCCGGCAGCGCUGCCGCCACCGUCGCCGGCGCCGCCCCCCACAAUGGUGAGAACAAACCGCCCCAGGCCAUCGUGAAACCCCAGAUCCUCACGCACGUCAUCGAGGGCUUCGUCAUCCAGGAGGGCGCCGAGCCCUUCCCGGUGGGCCGCUCCUCGCUGCUGGUGGGGGCCCUGCACAAGCAGUAUGCACAGGAGCUGCUGCCAGACAAGCUGCCAGCACAGGACAACACCACCACCACCGACUCGGACAUGGAGGAGCCGUACCUGCAAGAAUCCAAAGAGGAGGGGAACCCCCCCAAGUUGAAGUGUGAGCUCUGCGGCCGCGUUGACUUCGCCUACAAGUUCAAGCGCUCCAAGCGCUUCUGCUCCAUGGCCUGUGCCAAGAGGUACAACGUGGGCUGCACCAAGAGGGUGGGGCUGUUCCACCCCGACCGCAGCAAGCUGCAGAAACCGGGAGGGCCCCCCCACGGGCGGCGCCGCAGCUGCAAGGGGAGCCUGCCCCCCCUGAGCAAGGACAGCAAGAAACAGCCCCCGGGGUCUGUCCCAGCGGGGUCGGUGACGGCGUCGUUGCAGCUCAACCACAGCCAGGAGGAUUCCAGCCGCUGCUCGGACAACUCCAGCUACGAGGAGCCGCUGUCGCCCAUCUCGGCCAGCUCCUCCACGUCGCGGCGCCGGCAGGGGGAGCGGGAGCUGGAGCUGCGGGACAUGGAGCUGCCCGAGCGCGACCUGCCCGGCCUCGGCCACCGCUUCCUGCCCAGCGAGCCCAGCAAGUGGAACGUGGAGGACGUUUACGAGUUCAUCCGCUCACUGCCGGGCUGCCAGGAGAUCGCCGAGGAGUUCAGGACGCAGGAGAUCGACGGGCAGGCGCUGCUGCUGCUCAAGGAGGAUCAUCUCAUGAGCACCAUGAACAUCAAGCUGGGCCCGGCCCUCAAGAUCUACGCCCGCAUCAACAUGCUCAAGGACUCCUGAGGGGAGGGAGGGCACCCCAACUUCCCCCAGGGGACCCCUGACCCCCCCAGUGCGGCCCCGGGGAGGGGGCAAAGGGGGGGAGACACUUGUGAGCACACCCCGCCCCCCCUGCCCCCCCCGGGGGGUGUAAAUAGCCCGUAGCUCUAGAGCCCCCCCCCACCCCUCACCCAGCUUUGGGGGGUCACCCCCCCCUUCUCCAGCAGGGAGGGGGGGUCCCCGCGUGUCCCCCCCCGUGUCCCCCCCAGGUGAGCAGAGCCAAGCAGGACGGUUGUUGCCUUAACGUGUGCUCCCUCCCCCAGCUGGGAUUGGGGAGGUUUGGACGCCCCCCAAAAGGGGUCAGGGAGAGGUGUGGGGGGCGCGGAGGAGGCGUCACCCCCCCCGUUCACACACACGCCCCCCCCCCACACUCUGGGCUGGGUUUGGGGGUGCCCGAGCAGAGGACAGUGGUGGGGGUCCCCCCCCAGGCAGGUAAGGACCCCCCCACUCCCCCCCUCAGCCAGCACGAUCUUUUUAAGAAAAGAAAAGGAAAAAAAAAAUUGAAAAAAAACCACACAUGGUCCCACCCCCCCUUUCCUGUUUUU